GCUGCCUUCAGCCGCUUAUUUUGCUUUACUUUAUUUUAUUUUUUCUUAACAGCGCAAUGAAAAUUGAAAACUCGCUGUUGAGCACUUGGGCAAUGGUUGGUGCUCGAGGGCACUCAGAUUCGUGAGAGCUAGCUAUAGCUUCAAUCUGGAAUCGCAGAGUCUUUUCAUUUCCUUGUUGGAAUCUUCUUCUCCCCUCGCAAAACCCGUCAAGGCGACAUUUUUUUUCGUUAAUCCUCCGAAUCAUUGUUGCUCUUGGCUUCUUGGUUGAAAUCCAUCGUUACUUAUUCUGCCUGUCCUUUCUUUGCUCCAAUGGCGGCUUCGGUGGCUUCUCCUCUCUGUACGUGGCUUGUGGCAGCGUGCAUGUCGGUCUCGUGUGAAAAGGAUCGGGCGGCGAGGUCGUCGGCGGGGAGGUGGGCGAGGAGGAGGACGGCGGUAGCGGCGAGGGGAGCAAUUGGAAUGGAAGGACGAGAUUCUACUGGGAGUUUGAUCUCUGCGUUUUGCGGAUCGGGGAUUCAGGGACUGAUGAGUUCCUUAGAGCCGUGUCCGGAAUUCUACAAGUCGAGAAAUGCGUCGCCCUUUUUUGGGGAGAAUGGGUUUUUGCUGAUUAGGCGUUCGAAGGCCGAGGCCAAUCGAAGGCAGAGGAUGUUGGCGCGUCCUUCCGUGGCCUCAGGAAAAUCGUUGGCUGUGGCUGUUGAACCUGCAAAGCCGGUUGCAGAAAAGAAAAUACUAAAUGCUAAACAGAGGAGAGUUGCUGUUACUGGGAUGGGUGUGGUGACUCCAUUAGGUCAUGAUCCUGAUGUGUUCUACAAUAAUCUCCUUGAUGGUGUUUCCGGCAUAAGUGAGAUUGAAGCAUUUGACUGUGCUAAUUAUCCUACGAGAAUUGCUGGAGAAAUAAAGUCUUUCUCAACAGAUGGAUGGGUUGCACCAAAAUUGUCCAAGCGAAUGGACAAAUUCAUGCUUUACUUGCUCACCGCCGGCAAAAGGGCGCUGGCAGAUGGUGGUGUUACAGAAGAGGUACUGAGCCAAUUGGACAAGUCUAGAUGUGGAGUUCUCAUAGGUUCUGCAAUGGGAGGAAUGAAGGUUUUUAAUGAUGCUAUUGAGGCGUUGCGGGUAUCAUACAAGAAGAUGAACCCAUUUUGUGUACCAUUUGCAACAACGAAUAUGGGUUCUGCUAUGCUUGCAAUGGACCUGGGAUGGAUGGGCCCAAAUUACUCGAUCUCAACUGCUUGUGCUACUAGCAACUUCUGUAUUCUGAAUGCAGCAAAUCAUAUUAUAAGAGGGGAAGCUAACAUGAUGCUUUGUGGUGGCUCAGACGCAGCAAUUAUUCCAAUUGGAUUGGGAGGUUUUGUUGCAUGCAGAGCACUUUCACAGCGGAAUGAUGAUCCAGCAAAAGCUUCACGCCCUUGGGACGUGGACCGCGAUGGAUUUGUUAUGGGGGAAGGAGCUGGUGUACUUCUUUUGGAAGAUCUAGAGCAUGCUAAGAAAAGAGGAGCUACUAUUUAUGCUGAGUUUUUAGGGGGAUGCUUCACCUGUGAUGCAUAUCAUAUGACUGAACCACAUCCUGAGGGGGCUGGGAUUAUUCUGUGUAUUGAAAAGGCUCUAUCAGAAUAUGGGAUAGCCAGAGAGGAUGUGAACUAUGUAAAUGCUCAUGCAACUUCGACACCUGCUGGAGAUUUGAAAGAGUACCAAGCUCUCAGCCGUUGUUUUGGCCAGAAUCCUGAGCUGAGAGUCAACUCUACAAAAUCCAUGAUCGGUCAUCUCCUUGGAGCUUCAGGUGCGGUAGAAGCUGUUGCCACAAUACAGGCAAUUCGUACAGGAUUGGUUCAUCCAAAUAUCAACCUCGAAAAUCCAGAUAAGAAUGUGGAUACAAGUAUCCUUGUGGGCUCUAAGAAAGAGCAUUUGAAUGUGAAGGUUGCACUGUCAAACUCUUUUGGCUUUGGUGGUCACAAUUCAUCAAUUCUAUUUGGGCCUUACAAAUAAUCUCAUCAAGUAAAAAAAAAAUAGAACUUGUAAUGUGUUUUUCAUUGUGUUCAAUGCUAGAAAGAAUACUUAUCACUGUGAUAUUUGAUCUAAAAGAAUGAAGCUCAUCUUUGUUCUUUCUUAGGCAAAUUUGUAAUAUUUUCUCCCUCUCUCUGUGGGUAAACUCUAUGCCUCUUUAUAUGGAGGAAAAUUAGCUUGACCUGUAAGAAAUGAAUAACUAAAAAAAACUGAUAAAAUAAAAUUAAAAAGAUGGAGACUAAGUACUUUAAAAA